AUGGAUAAGAAUUUACGCGAAAAAUUUGUAAACUGUGUGAAUGAUUUAGUAGAUUUUGAAAGCGUUUACUCCGCGGCUAAGUCAGAUGAUAAUAUACAUUCGUUAGAAAUCACGCGGGUAGAACUCAAUUCUUUAUGGGAUCAAAUCAAGAAGGCAUACUUAGAUUGUAGGGACCGCAUUCCGGAAAAGGAUGAGACACCUAUAGAUAAAACUAAACUUCGAAAUAAUUACAAACAGGCACUAGAAACUUAUAAACGGUGUUUAAGCUCUCUUAACGGAGAAAUUUUGGCCCUUAACGAGCAACAAGAUCAAGAAAAACAGGAGAGAAUAUCGAUGACCCAACAGCGAGACAAUAAUGAUUUUUCACCAGCUCUAAGAUUGCCGCCCUGUGACACAGAUGUUUUUAAAGGGGGAUAUCGCGAAUGGCCCACCUUUAGGGACUUAUUUUCAGCAAUUUACAUUAACAAUUCAAAAUUAAGUAAAGUCGAGAAGUUGUUUCACUUAACCCAGAAAACAGCAGGAGAAGCCCGCGAAAUAAUUUCCAAUGUUCCACUGACCCAUGAGGGUUUCGACAUAGCGUGGAGAAAUCUCGUUCAUAGGUACGAAAAUAAACGCAUGCAGGUAAAUGAGCAAUUGCGAGCUCUUUUUAAUUUACCUUCGGUUUCCGUUGAUAACGCGUCAACAAUCCAGAAAUUACAGCGCACUAUAGGUAGUUGUACCCAAACUUUACAGACCCUUGAAGUAGAAACGGGGGGAUGGGACCCAAUCUUAGUUCAUCUUGUGUCAACCAAACUACCAAGAAUAUUUUUAGAAGAAUUCGAAAGCAGCCUAGCAGAUUGUUCGUCUCUUCCAUCGUGGAAUCAACUAGAUGUAUUUUUGACCCAUAAAUUCAAGACCCUAGAAUCAGUCGGCAAUAUCAAGCCACAAUAUUCGAGAUAUAAUCAACCCAGAUCGGAGUACGAUAAGCGGGAAAAGCGAGUUAAUAGUUUUCAAACAAAUGUAAAUCCCAAUUUCAAGAACACGGGCUCAAGACCCAGCAACAACACACAAUCACACUAUAAUGCUCAGAAUAACAAACCGGUUUGUCAACUUUGUAAAUCCAAUCAUUCUUUGCGAGAAUGUCCUCAAUUUCUAGAAAGGUCGAUCAACGAUCGAAUAAACAUUGUUAAGACAGGUCAUCUUUGCUAUAACUGCCUUUCUUCGGAUCAUGGAGUCAGGGAGUGUAAAAGUCGUUUUAGUUGUAGGGAAUGUAGUCAACGACACCACAGUUUGAUACAUAAAGGCAACCAGAGCCAGUACCCUACAACAGGCACCCACCAACGAGGCGGAGCACGACCUAGCACCAGUGCUGCCGCUCUCAACACUUUAGUUCAACCCGGUAGACAGGAAGCACGACCUAGCACCAGUGCUACUGAUCCUACCACCCUAGCUCAACCGGUUAGCGAAUACGCACGCCCUAGUACCAGUGCUGCCGCUUUAACCACCCUAGUACAACCAUCGGUAUCGCCAAAUAUACAGUCCACACCUUGUUUAGAAGCACCUUGUUCAACGACUUUGACACUUCAGGAAAUCAGACCCACUCCGCAACCCAAAGAGACACUUUUGUUCACAGCAAUAGUUCAAAUCAAAUCUAGAGGACAUAGAUAUGAUGCCAGGGCAAUCAUCGAUCCUGGGUCACAAUCAACUUUCAUAUCAGAAAAAAUUAGAAACAAAUUGCAACUUCCAACAGUUAAGAAUUUAAUUCAUGUCACAGGUUUAAGCGACGCAGUUUCUGAAACAUCGACAAAAGCUUGCGUCUUCAAUCUUUGCUCACGAGUAAAUCCUAGUUUUGAGCUGGAGGUUUGGGCACCAGUCUUAAAGACCCUACCUUCUCAUUUACCAACACACAAUUUAAGGCAAAAUCAAUUUGGAGAUUUUGCACACCUUAGUCUCGCGGACCCCCGAUUCUUUGAAAGUCGACCCGUGGACAUGUUAAUCGGAUUAGAUAUUGGACCCCUUAUAUUCACAAAAGGCGGUACUAUGAAAUCCUUUGGAUCACUUAUAGCGCAGGACACCGUUUUUGGGUGGAUCAUAGGAGGACCCAUUACGGAAGACCCUAAACCCGCCAGACCCACACGCCCUCGCUUCGACCCACGGGAACCCAGGUAUCGCCCCGCAUCUUGGCAGUAUGCCUGUGGCCUCUGCCAGGAGGACCACGCCAUACGGUCAUGCCCGCGGUUCCGGCAAAUGACACCGUAUCAGAGAUACGAGACAGUUGAGAGACGGAGUUACUGUCGGAACUGUCUGGCGCGCAGCCAUCUGGCCCCAGACUGCCCCGUGGUCACUGCCUGCCGAACAUGCGACUACCGCCAUCACACAAUGCUGCAUGGAGCCCCACAGCUUAGGGAGACAUACGGCAGCUACAGCCCGCCCCCAAUGGAGAUUGCCAACCCACGGCAACUUGCAAUCGAACCAGCCAACCAGAUGCCCAUCGUCCAAGGCCCUCCCCCGGUCGAGAUACCUUACAGCCGGGCCACUGUUUUUGUACCCACGGCGAUGGUGGAAUUGGCACCCGAGGAGCAGGACGAUUGGGCUGGGGUACGGGUACUUUUGUGCCAGGCAUCGACCAUCACCCGAAUCGCGGCAGCCACAGUAACUCGCCUGGGGAUACCAACGAGAGAGCGCAGAGGGCACCGUCUGGCAACUAUAAGACUUCGGUCAAGGCAUGCGUCGAGGAGGACCAUGUAUACCAUCCGGGCAGUGGUGACCCGGGAUUUGCCGCGACGACCCUAUUCAGAUCCCAUCAUUCCCGACCCCACAAGCAGCCUAAGAUCCCUUUCUUUGGCAGAUGCUGACCCUAGAGGCAACGAACCAAUCGAUGUAGAGGUAGGGGCCGAUGCCUACGCCCACCUCCGGAGGAGUGGUGUUGUACAACCCGGAUUGGGAGCCGUCUUCGCCCAGGAGACAGAUUGGGGAUACGUGUUCGUCGGCCCAGUCACCUCACAGGCAAGAAACCAAAAUUAAAAAGAUACAAAGUGACACAAUAACAACCGACUCAAAAACCAAAUCUACACUCGACCCACAAUUGCAACAUCACAACAACCAUAAGUGCGGGACACAACAUACAACACCAACUAAUUCUAAUAUUGCAAACCCCCCACCUGUUAAAUACAAUGUCUAUCUACUACAAUCAACUAUACUCAUAAUUUAAAUUUUAAUCUACUUACUACUGCUACUUAAAUCUAUGAAUUGUGCUAUCUAACCCUAAAUAUUUGCUACUUAAACACUACGAUCUACUUAUAACUAAUGAAUUUAAAUAAC